AUGCCUUCAUUCAUCCGGCACGGUCCAACAAUUCCAAGACGAACUGAUAUCUGUCUUCCAGAUUCAAACCCUAAUGCCUUUUCAGCUUCUGGAGAUGGAGUAGUUUCAAGAAACCAGAGUUUCCUUAGAACUCCAGUUCAAAGAGCACCUCAUGAAGUAAUGAGAAGAGAAAGCAAUAGAUUAUCUGCACCUUCUUAUCUUGCCAGGAGUUUAGCAGAUGUCCCUCGGGAGUAUGGCUCUUCUCAGUCAUUUUUAACAGAAGUUAAUUUUGCUGUUGAAAAUGGAGACUCUGGUUCCCGAUAUUAUUAUUCAGAUAAUUUUUUUGAUGGUCAGAGAAGACGGCCACUUGGAGAUCGUGCACACGAAGACUACAGAUAUUAUGAAUAUAACCAUGAUCUCUUCCAAAGAAUGCCACAGAAUCAGGGGAGGCAUGCUUCAGGUAUUGGGAGAGUUGCUGCUACAUCUUUAGGAAAUUUAACUAACCAUGGUUCUGAAGAUUUACCCCUUCCUCCUGGCUGGUCUGUGGACUGGACAAUGAGAGGGAGAAAAUAUUAUAUAGAUCAUAACACAAAUACAACUCACUGGAGCCAUCCUCUUGAGCGAGAAGGACUUCCUCCUGGAUGGGAGCGAGUUGAGUCAUCAGAAUUUGGAACCUAUUAUGUAGAUCACACGAAUAAGAAGGCUCAGUACAGGCAUCCCUGUGCUCCUAGUGUACCUCGGUAUGAUCAACCACCUCCUGUCACGUACCAGCCACAGCAAACUGAAAGAAAUCAGUCCCUUCUGGUACCUGCAAAUCCAUAUCAUACUGCAGAAAUUCCUGACUGGCUUCAGGUUUAUGCUCGAGCCCCUGUGAAGUAAGUGAAUUUACAGCACAAAUUAUUUUCGAGGG